UGCCUAAGUGUUCUCUCCUGCUCUCACAGUUUGGACUUCAACGACAGAUUACAGAGAGAGAGAUGGAGAAGAACGAAAUGGAAGAACAGAAGGAAGAAGACGAUCAGAUUGUAAAUCCAUGGGAGGUAGCGGGGAAGGAUGGAGGGAAGAUUGACUAUGAUAAGCUCAUUGAUAAGUUCGGGUGUCAAAGACUCGAUGAGUCCCUAAUUAGUCGCAUUGAACGUCUUACAUCUCGCCCUCCUCAUGUCUUCCUUCGUCGAGGCGUCUUCUUCGCUCACAGGGAUUUUAAUGAGAUCCUCGAUGCGUAUGAAAGAGGUGAAAAAUUCUAUCUAUAUACUGGGAGAGGGCCAUCAUCGGAAGCUCUGCAUUUAGGCCAUCUCAUUCCAUUCAUGUUCACCAAAUACUUGCAGGACGCUUUCAAGGUCCCACUGGUAAUUCAAUUGACAGAUGACGAAAAAUGCAUGUGGAAAAACCUAUCGGUGGAAGAGUGUCAAAGACUUGCUCGUGAAAAUGCAAAAGAUAUAAUUGCUUGUGGCUUUGACAUUACCAAGACAUUUAUUUUCUCAGAUUUUGAUUAUGUUGGAGGAGCCUUUUACAGAAAUAUGGUGAAAGUUGCAAAAUGUGUAACAUUCAAUAAGGUUGUGGGAAUAUUUGGUUUUACUGCUGAAGAUCAUAUUGGGAAAAUUAGUUUUCCACCAGUGCAGGCUGUUCCAUCCUUCCCCAGUUCAUUCCCUCAACUCUUCCCUGGCAAAGAUGAUCUCCGUUGCUUGAUUCCAUGUGCAAUUGACCAGGAUCCUUAUUUCAGAAUGACACGAGAUGUUGCUCCUAGGAUCGGAUAUCAGAAGCCUGCAUUGAUUGAGUCAUCAUUCUUCCCUGCCCUGCAGGGGGAAACUGGGAAAAUGUCUGCCAGUGAUCCAAAUUCUGCAAUUUAUGUGACAGACUCUGCAAAAGUCAUAAAAAACAAAGUGAAUAAAUAUGCAUUUUCUGGUGGGCAAGAUUCCAUAGAGAACCACAGGAAAUAUGGAGCAAAUCUAGAGGUAGAUAUACCAAUUAAGUACCUUGGCUUUUUCCUGGAAGAUGAUGCUGAGCUGGAACACAUGCGGAAGGAAUAUGCUGCUGGGCGGAUGCUAACAGGUGAGGUGAAGAAGCGCCUUAUAGAAGUUUUAACCGAACUGGUGGAAAGACAUAUUAGGGCACGGGCUGCAGUGACUGAUGAGAUGGUAGAUGCGUUCAUGGCCAUUAGGCCACUUCCCAAUAUGUUUGAUUAAGCCAGAUGAUGGAUUGUCCUGGUUUUAGUAGAAGGGUGUGUCUGGCUCGGUGGAAUUAAUUUGGACUAACAGAUUUGGAAUAGACUGAUUGGAAUACAUGGAUUUGAAAUCAAUAGAAUUGCUAAUGCUACCAUUAGGGUAACAAAAAGGCUUGUGAGUGGAAAAAAAAUUUGGUCUCUGCCCAGGUGCAAGAGCAACACUUGAGCACACAUUCUAUUUGGAAAUUGCAGCUUUGAGGGCAUUGUUUCUUUUC